UUCAGCAGUCUCCUAAGUUUCAGUGUAUCUAAAUACAACUGAAACGAAAGUUACUCCCUGAUUCUGUUUUGGACUGUUGCAAAUAUGCAGAUUGAUCAAGGAAAGUGCCUACUGAGGGGAGCAGCCCCAUCACAGUAUUACCUGAGAGCUUAGCCCUUGCUACCGCUUUGCUGUGCUGUAUGAGCUCAGAUUUGCUUAACAAUGUAAAGCUGAAGUCCUGUGGACUUCAAACAACAAAUCAUUGUGAAAUGAGAAUAAUCUGAUUGAAGUCUUCCAGUUUUUAUUUCUAGAGGUUGAUGUGUCUAAACAUUGGCCAGGACCAGAUGCCUCGGAAGGCUCCAGAGUUCAGUGACUGCCCCUAAUACUGCUUCCUUCUAAUUCCCUGUAAACAAGGAUUAGUUUAAAACGUUGAAGCACAAAUGUUUGUCUGUUGCAUUAUCCAGAUUCUUUGAAACACUUCUGUUACCCUAAUGUUUAUGCUUUGACUGAUUUAAAGAUAUAGUGAGAUUAUUUUAAGUAGCGAAUUUUCUGCGCGCUAUCUGCUAACCACAGACUGUGUCAAUGCUAAUGAAACAGAUUGGGUUUGCUGUAAAUGAGUCAAAUAAAACCUUGCUUAGCCAAGCUGUGAGAACUGAGAAUUCAAAAGAGAAGAGACAAAGCAGAAACAAGUAAAUCAAAAUUGUGACUAUUUCUCAAUAAUGAAGAGUGAGGCAUACACUUACGGAACAUGCCCUGACUGACACUGUUGUAUGUGGACACUAACAAGUCUUGAACAUUCACAGUGGCCUUAGAUGCAGAUUUUAUCGUUUAUCUUUUACUGAUUCUUCUCAGAAAACUGUGUUUUUACAAAACAGGACUCCAAACCGUCUUGCCUCCUCAGUGAUCAGCUUUCUGCUGAUCAUCUUUCACAUUAAGAGAAGGGGGGAGAAACAUGAGUACAGCAAGAACUAAAAAUAACUUGUUCAUAAAUAAAUAUAUCUGCUAGAAAAAAAAAAUCAUCAUUUCUCAGAUAUUUCUAACCUGCCUUUCUACAAAAAAAAAGAAAAAAGUGAAACCUUAUUGAAAUCUAUAGGUUUUGAAUAUCAGUGCCACUGAACAGUCUAGUCAUCUUUCCAACCUCUCUGUUUCCAGUGGCUUCUAGGGAUAUUCUGUUGUCUUGGUGCUUUCAGUGGUGCUGACAGUAUCUUGUAGCAGUGGUUAAAGAUGAAAUGUUUGCUGAUUUUAUUAUCUGUCAGCAGCUUUUUAGAAAAAUGAUGCAGAAUCUCCUGUUCUCUCCUGUGAAAAUACACAUAGGCUUCAGGAGCGUGUCAGUGAAAAGAUGGCUUCCUUCUCUCGCUUCCUUCAGGAAGUGCUGCUGCUACCUUUGUAAGCUGAAAUAAUUUGCAUUGUGGUGUUUUGGUUUUUUUUCAAAAUCCCAAACAUGUAAAUUGUAACUGCUAUAUAUUAUGUAACAUUUACUUAAUUCUGUGUGGAUUUCCUCCCUAGUCCUGAAAACCAAGAUUUGUUAAUGGCCUUUAGUACCCGGAUCUUUCCUGUUCUUCAUUAGGAACCAACAUAUAUGGGGCAGUUAGAUCCCUCUAAAUUAUCAGUCACUAUUGGCAAAUGCUGGGGUAGAGAGUUGUGUAGUUGAGGGAAACCUGUAAAUUGGAAUUUGCUCAAAUAAAUUUGGUGGAAAACAGAAGAUUUUAGAACUUUAGUGUUAAGAGCAUUAUAUAUCGUAUUACUUGGACAAAGAUCAAUGUCUAUAGGACACAUAAAUAACAAGAAACCUGUUUUCUUCUGUCAUUCAUACUAAAACUAGAAGCUAUUUAAGGAGAAAAAAAAAAUAAAACUAAUUUUACUUUUCCUUAUAGAUACCAAGAAAUGUUGUGUGCUUAAUCUGCAAUGAAUUAGUGUGGUACAGUACAGAGCUCAACCUAAAGUUUUCAGAACUCUUUAUUGGUUACUAACCUACAUAACUGAGAGGGGAAGAAAUCUUUAGGAAGUCUAAAAGAAGAUGGAGGUAGAAGAAUCUUAUGAAAGAUGACUAAGUUAUUCUUGUGCAAGUUAAUCCAGGGGAAGCAUUUACAAUAAGAAGAGAAGAUGGACAGUUUCAGUGCAUUACAGGUCCUGCUCAGGUUCCAAUGAUGUCCCCAAAUGGUUCAGUGCCUACUAUUUAUGUGCCUCCUGGAUAUGCCCCACAGGUUAUUGAGGAUAACGGUGUUCGAAGGGUUGUGGUGGUUCCCCAGGCUCCAGAAUUUCAUCCUGGUGGUCACGCAGUGAUACACAGGCCUCCACAUCCCCCACUGCCUGGCUUCCUUCCUCUUCCAGCCAUGAUACCCCCUCCACCACGUCAUAUAUACUCACCUGUGACCGGAGCUGGUGAAAUGGCAACACAGUACAUUCCACAGUAUCACACCUCGCAAGUAUACGGGGAUCUGGAUACUCUGCCUGCUCAUGGAAGAUCCAACUUCAGAGACGAAAGGUCUAGUAAAACAUACGAAAGGUUACAAAAAAAAUUAAAAGAUCGACAUGGAACUCAGAAGGAUAAGUUAAACAGUCCUCCAUCAUCUCCUCAGAAAUGUCCUUCUCCUACAAGUGAACACAACGGACUUACGAAAGGACAGGAUGCAGCUGGUAUAAGCACAAGUUCUACCAAAAGCAAGUCUUUGGGUAAAGGAAAAAGCAAUUCUCAGACAGACACAGAAGUAGAAGAAAAGGAUGAAGAAACAAAAGCACUUGAAGCACUUCUUUCUAAUAUAGCCAAGCCAGAGGUAUCAGACAUUCAGGCAAGAACAGCACUGCUUAUGUGGUCACCUCCAUCCAGUGAUACCAGAGAAGACACUGACAAGAACGACGUACCAGAGGUUUAUACUUACGAAGUGAUGGUUUCAAAUACCGGAAAAGAUGGAAAGUACAAAACUGUAUAUGUUGGAGAAGAAAAUAAAGUUACUGUAAAUGAUCUCAGGCCAGCAACUGAUUACCAUGCAAAAGUCCAAGUAGAAAGCAACUGUGUAAAGGGGAGCCCUUCAGAGGCAGAGAGUUUUACCACAGCGAGUUGUGAACCUGAUACUCCAAAUCUGCCCAGGAUAACUAAUCGGACCAAAAAUUCUCUUACUCUGCAGUGGAAGGCAUCUUGUGAUAAUGGCUCUAAAAUCCACAGUUACCUUUUAGAAUGGGAUGAAGGAAAAGGAAAUGGAGAGUUUUGCCAGUGUUAUUAUGGCCAGCAGAAGCAGUAUAGAAUUACUAAACUAUCACCAGCAAUGGGGUACACCUUUAGGCUAGCAGCCAAAAAUGACGUGGGAAUGAGUGGUUUUAGUGAAGAAGUCCUGUAUCAUACCUCAGGCACUGCCCCAACCACACCAGCAAGUCCUUUGCUGAUUAAUGCUGGAGUUACUUGGCUAUCCCUACAGUGGACAAAACCCUCAGGAACACCGUCAGAUGAAGGAAUCUCAUAUAUAUUAGAGAUGGAGGAUGAGAACUCAGGAUAUGGUUUCAAGCCAAAAUAUGAUGGUGACGAUCUUACCUACACAGUGAAGAAUUUGAGGCGUAGUACAAAAUACAAAUUUAGGGUCAUUGCCUAUAACUCAGAAGGGAAAAGCAGUCCAAGUGAGACAGUAGAGUACAUUACGUGUGCAGACAAGCCUGGGGUACCUUCAAAACCUUCAGUGAAAGGAAAAAUUCAUGCACAGAGUUUUAAAAUAACCUGGGAUCCACCAAAAGACAAUGGAGGAGCAGCAAUAAAUACAUAUGUUGUAGAAAUGUCUGAAGGCUUAAAUGGAAACAAAUGGGAUACAGUAUACAGCGGAGCUGCUAGGGAACAUGUGUGUGACCGACUAAAUCCUGGCUGUUCCUAUCGGUUACGUGUAUAUUGCGUUGGGGAAGGAGGACAAAGCACGGCAUCUGAUUCUUUACUGGUGCAGACACCAGCAGUGGUUCCUGGCCCAUGCCAGCCUCCAAGGCUACAGGGUAGACCAAGAGCAAGAGAAAUUCAGCUGCGCUGGGGACCACCUCAGGUAGAUGGUGGUUCACCCAUUACCUGCUAUGGUCUGGAAAUGUGUCAGGCAGAAACGGAUGAACACAGAGAGGUUUACCAAGGCUCUGAUGUUGAAUGCACAGUAGGCAGCCUUCUUCCAGGGAGGACAUACAACUUCAGACUGCGAGCAGCUAACAAGGCUGGGUUUGGACCUUACUCGGAAAAGUGUGAAAUAACUACAGCACCUGGGCCACCAGAUCAGUGCAGGCCCCCUCAAGUGGCAUGCAGAUCUGCUGCAUGUGCUCAGGUGUUGUGGGAGGUUCCAGUGAGUAAUGGAGCUGACGUCACGGAGUAUCGCCUGGAGUGGGGCGGUGUGGAAGGAUGCAUGCAGAUGUCCUAUUGUGGGCCUGGGCUCAGCUGUGAAAUGAAAGGGCUUUUGCCUGCCACUAUUUACUAUUGCAGGGUUCAGGCAGUGAAUGUCACAGGUGCAGGCCCUUUCAGUGAAGUAGUGGCAUGUAUGACUCCAGCCUCUGUACCUGCAGUUGUGACUUGUCUUCGGGGACUAAGUGAAGAUGAAGUUGAAAGUCUGCACUAUUCUCCUUCCACAUGCCUUGCUAUAAGCUGGGAAAAACCUUGUGACCAUGGAUCUGAAAUCCUUGGCUACAGCAUAGACUUUGGAGAUAAGCAGCCAAUAACUGUUGGGAAGGUUCUGAACUAUUUUAUAGACGGCUUACAACCAGAUACUACCUACAGAGUACGAAUUCAAGCCCUAAACAGUCUUGGAGCAGGUCCUUUCAGCCACACCAUAAAACUGAAAACAAAGCCUCUCCCUCCAGAUCCACCUCGCCUGGAAUGUGCUGCAUACAGUUCUCAGACUCUCAAGCUGAAGUGGGGAGAGGGAACUGCAAAAGCACUAACUGACUCCAUUCAGUACCACCUUCAAAUGGAGGAUAAGAACGGAAGGUUUGUAUCCUUAUACAGAGGACCAUGUCAUACAUACAAAGUACAAAGGCUCAGUGAGUCAACAUCAUACAAAUUUUGUAUUCAGGCAUGUAAUGAAGCUGGUGAAGGUCCCCUUUCUCAAGAAUAUGUUUUCACUACUCCCAAAUCUGUUCCCGCUGCCUUGAAAGCGCCAAGGAUAGAGAGGAUAAAUGAUCACACUUGUGAGAUCACGUGGGAGGUUCUGCAGCCCAUGAAGGGUGAUCCAGUUAUCUACUGUCUUCAGGUCAUGGUGGGAAAAGACUCGGAAUUCAAACAGAUUUAUAAGGGUCCGGACUGGUCAUUCCGAUACACGGGCCUCCAGCUGAACUGUGAAUACCGUUUCCGCGCGUGUGCCAUUCGCCAGUGCCAAGAGACAGUAGGUCACCAGGAUCUGAUAGGCCCCUACAGUGCCCCAGUGCUAUUCAUCUCUCAGAGGACUGAACCACCGGCAAGCACCAACAAGGACGCUGUGCAAACCACAAGGACACAAUGGUCACAGAGCGACCAAGUGUGCGCUGCUGUCAUCCUUGCACUUUUCGCUAUCUUUUCCAUUCUGAUUGCUGUUAUAAUUCAGUAUUUUGUAAUAAAGUGAAGAAGAGAGGUUUAUUUUAGAACGCUGCCCAUUACAUUUUACUUUCUCAUAAUCUAAAAGUAAUUCUGUUCUCUCGCUUUUACAAAAAAAACCAGGCAUUUAGCACCGUCAUUGGGACUGAUGCAAACCUUUUCGGCCACUUUAAAAUGCUUACUGGUAGGUGUAGGCUGACACAUGUUAUUAGAAUGCAAGCCACAGAAAUACAAUCUUUUCUUUAAUAUGCCUUCUUGCAGUACAAACUCUAUAUGGGGCAGGCAAGGUGUGUUUAAUGACAAGGGUUUGACCAGUAAACAUAAGUGUAAGAACGGUUUCCUGACCCACGCUUCUUGUAAGGGUUGCUACCGUCACAGGGAAGAAUGUGUAAUCGCAUUGAAAACUUACACUAACAAACUUGUGCUGUAUACAAUAUUAAUCUGAUGCUGUGAAAGCAAUUUAGCGCUGUAUUUCUACCUCCUCAUUUGUCUUAAUUAUUUGGGAAGCAGGAUUUAUGCUGAAAAAUAGAAGGGGCUUUUCUCAGGCAGCAAAUAAUAAACUGGAUGGAAGAGUGUGCACGAAGGAAGCUUCUUACUGAUAAAUGUGGAGUUCUUCACUGCAAGUAGAUGUUUUUGAAAGACCACAAGGGGAUGGCACAAGUGGUUUAUCUUGCCCCCAGGAUUUGAUGUUUACUUAUAAAAAUGCCUCUUUUACUUCUCAAAAAUAGAGAAGGGAGAGUGUGAGAGAACUUCUUAGACUUCCUACUUAAAUUGAAAAACACAUUUCCAAAGUUGACCUUUGAUUGGAUGCAGUUUAUACAGAUGUCUGUGCCCUCUGAUUUUGGCUAGUUAAUAGUUUUUUGAGAUAAAAUUCAUCAUUGAAUUUUUGCUGUUUCCCCAGCAUUCACUUGCCAUAUCCACCAGAAUCAAGCACUGCCUUUUAUUUUUUGUUUUCUCUUUGUCUUUCUUUUUUUCUUUCUUUCUUUCUUUCUUUGGGGCACCAAAUCAGAAGACGAAGCGUAGUAAUUUGCACCAGAAAACUUAAAAGCUGCUUUUUUCUUGAGAUCCUAAUGUUUAAUGUAAUGUCUCUUUGGAUACUGUACCAAAUUGUUGAUUGCAUGUAGUUAAUGUUGCAUUAGAGCACUUUGCAAUUGCAUAACUCAUCAAUGUUUCGUGAGCUUGCGUUUGUGAGUUCUUGAAUGAUCAGACUGAAUUUUAUCAAGUAUGCCAUUGAACAUCUCGCUGGAUGUCAAUGAUUGCCAGUGACACAAAGCUUGUAGUGAAACUAUCUUUAAAAGAAAAAAAAUCCUUGUCUCAUCACACUUACGUUAUUUGUUAUACACUUUGUAAUUAGCUACUCUUAAUUUAUUUGAGUUACAAGAUAGUGGAUCAUUAAUGACUUCUAGUUGUGUUCAGUUUAGCAUUUUUAAUGGUAUUAAACACUUCUGUUGGUCUUAAUAAUAAUAAAAAAAGGAACCUCUGUCUUGUGCUUUGAAGAUCUCUGAAGAAUUUCUCUUAUAUUAGAACGGGCAUGUAUUGUAAUUGUUUAUACGUCCAAUGAUCUGUGCUGUAGAAUAAUGUUGCUGAGUUUCGUUACUUUAAAAACAACAAAAGAGAAGAAAUGGCGAAGAACUCGGCCUCCGCGUGGCGAGAGCGCUCUGUCUUUAAAAUGUACUGUAUGUUUACACUUUAUUUCCAAUUUGUCAUUUGUACGUAUAGGCUGAUACCUUCCCGCAGGACAACUGAUGUUUUCUAGAACCUUCUUCAAAGUGCCAUGUUUGGCAGUGCAAAUGAGGUUGCGUGUAACAGCCCAGAGAUUUCUUACGGUUGAAUGUCUAAAACGGUAAGAUUUGUUACUGCAGUUAAUCUGCAGUGACUUCUGUUUUUCAUAGUAAAAUUCAAAUGAGCUCCUAUUUUUGAUAGUCAUUUAAUAGUGUAUUUGCCAUUUGAGCCUCAGUGCAUAUUACUGCACCGAAGACAAUUUUUAAUGUAAUCUUAAUUUUACCUCAUAUACUGUACAUUCCAAAAAUAAAUUAAAAAAAAAGAGAAAAAGAGAAAAACUCUAAACUUUUUAAAACGUUAUAGAUACACUACCAAACAUAUCACUUUACAAUUGUACAACAUCGGACUCCAUGAAGACGAACCUGUAUAGUCUGAUAGAAAAUACAUAAACUAUGUAGCAAAGUAUCUUUAAAAAUCUGUGGAAAAUAAAAGUAUCAUUCUUUUU